CCAUCCAAACGACCGUUAAUUUUCCCGUUCACGUCUGAGCGCGCGGUUCAGACGUAUUAUAGUUGCAACGAACGACGAAAAUUAUUAAUACCGAACCCGUGUAAUGUCAAUAUAUUGUGAUAAUAAUCAAUUAUUGUUUUCCUCUAGUGCGUGUCUCAUUAUCCACGGGCUGGAUAUUACAAUCAGCCGUAUUUUUGGAGUGUUUAUUUUUUUUUAAAUUUUGUAUCAAGAUCGAAGAGGGAACGAUUAUCGAUUUACCGCUCCUGCAGCGGCAGUGCCAUGCGACCGGACUGGUCAUCGACGGCGCUCCGCAUGACAUUAGUUGUGGCGUUGAUUCUCGACAAUGCGUGCACGUCGAAAAGACAAAAGCGUCAGUUGUUCCGCGAGAACGUAUUGCCAUACUUUGGUGGUAAAAUACCAGAUUCUGCGUUUCAUGCAGACCGCUUGGCACUAAAUAUGCUGAACAAAGAAGGAAUAUCUGUGCCAGAUGGUAUUCUGUUCGAAUCCAGACCCAAAGAGUCGUUCCACCAAAGUCAACGGAACGAUCCAGAACUACUCAACUCAGUAGUCAAAAUGAUCCAUACGCCAGACGGCAGGUUUAUACCUUCAGAAGGCCGGUACGAGGCUGAAAACGAAGUAGAGUCCACUUACAGAAUAUUAAUACCCUCGAAUAUACAGAAUUAUAAUCUGCCGAGGUUUAGGCCGGUACCAGAAGCUCUACAGCUGUCUGUUCAGCAUGUUUUUGAGAGCGGCCGGUUGUCAAUCGCACCCAUUAUGGGACAAAUAGGUGUUCCAUUAUACCCUAUAUUACAGAGUUGGAAUUCACAUGAUGCCCAUCGGCCCUACGUCGACCAGUUCAAUCACAAUGUCAAUCAAAUUAUAAAUGUCCAAUCAAACGUUAAAAACGUACAUUUGACAAGUUUUGUGUGUGAUAGAUCAGGAAAAAUGUAUCCAGAUCCAGAAACUCAAUGUCAGGUUUUUCACUUAUGCCAUUACAAUGGAUUCAGAGAGACGUUCGUUUGUCCACAUGGAACCCGUUAUAAUCCAUCGUUACAGGAAUGUAGACUUUGGUACUUAACUCCCUGUUUGGAUAUACGUAGGCCUUAUUAAGUCAAUUGUCAAUAUGAAAAUAAUUCAUUAUAAUUGUUUUCAACUUUAACUGUCAUAGAAGUCUGCGAAUAAUAUUCCUGAAUGCAUCCAUUGUAUCACAUAAUAUUAUUUUACAAGGACAAUUAAUUGAACACGUAUUAUUUAAUUCAAACAAAAAUACAUCUAAUUAUGUGUCAGAUACCACGAAUUGUCUAACAAACAGUAAAACAACUUGCGAUCAGUUGUUUGUGUGUUAUUGAUUACAAAUUAUAUUAAUAUUAUGAUAUAAUUUAUACUUGAAAAUACAAAAGUAUUUUUUGUUUAUACUAUUUUAGUUUAUGAAAAACAAAAUAUUUAUUUAUAGCUGUGUUAGUGUGUUACAUAAAUGAAUCAAAAUAAAAUUAUACAAUAAAUAUUUGAUUAUUAA